GCUGCAUGCUCAGAGAACGGAAGCUAUUGCACCCCACCUAUUAGAAUAGAGAGUUAAUCAAAAAGAGAAAACUGUCAAGUGGAACAAAAUCUGUUGCAUCUUAAUUUAUAAGUUACUGUCCAUAACUAAACUGUCCAGCUGAAGAGUGAGGCCAUUCGUUACCAGUUUACAUCCGAGAAAAGGAACAAUUCUUUAGUUUCGGAAACAUACAAAAGAAGAAGAAGAAUGAUGAUGACUGGAGGGUUCUGUGUGAUCGUCAUUGCCUGUCUUUUGGUGAUUACCACUGAUUCUAUUCCCACUGGCUCCCUCUCACGGCAAGAAAGAGGAUUUCGCAACGCGGGUCUUUCGACUGCAAGAGGAUUUGGCAAACGGACGUUGGAAGACUUUAAGGACAUAGGCCUUGAUAGCAAAUCAAUUCCACUGGACUGGUUUGCCGAUCAGCUUAGCAGAAAUCCCACCCUGGCCAAAUUGUUGGCGAAGAUCGUGGAUUUAGAUGGUAACGGUUUUGUCUCCCAGGAUGAGCUGUACAAAGCGCUGUUGUGAUGUUUCUUCAACCUGAUGUUAGCACGGUUUCCCUGAGAUGUAUAAUGAAGUUAACAAAAAAGAACAUAAAUGCACACAGAUGUAAUAAAAUGUCCACCCUUUACGUCCCAAUAGAUGAAUCUCAGAUCCCAGAUUUUUUUCAAUCGAAUAAAAGUCUGUUUUAGUUGAGAACUA